AUGAAGUCGAUGAAGAAGAAAACAAUCAAGAAGUACAAAGGAGUUGUAGAGGUAGAGGUAGAGCAAGAGAGUUGGUUGACAAUUUCAAAUGAUGGUAUUACAGGGAAUGAUCAAACAUUUGAAGACUUAUGUGCUAGAAUCGUUCAAUACUACAACGAUUGGAAGAAAGAAGGUCCAGAAGUAGAUAUUGAAAAAGCCUCUAAUCAUUGGUACAAAAUGAGUGCCGAGGUAUCCAAGUUCAACGGGGCUUACAUUAGUAUAAAAGAUAGUCACCCAAGUGGCCACGAUGAAGAUCAAGUGAUAUCCAUGGCUAUGACACUUUGGAAUAGUCGCAACCCAACUAGUAGAAGUUUCCCUUAUCUACAUAGUUGGAAAAUCCUUCAAGAUGAACCAAAGUGGAAAGAGUUUUCUCGUUAG